GUCCGGGCAGGCGAGGCAGUGUUCUGAGCAGCGCACUGGAGGGCAGCGUGCAGGGCACUCUGGAGGAGCCAGAAGUCCCAGCCGGCGGCCGGAGCGCCGCCUGAGCUGGGCGGGGUGUUGUCAAGAUUUGGCACCGUGCGGAGGGGUAUUCUGACCUGGCCCUUUCCCACGGUCUGUUCUGGUCAUAAGCCUCCGCUGCCACCUGCGCUGUCUUUGGCGACGACGCCCCCACCCCCGGGGCCGCGGUCCCGGCGCGGGGCCAGGUGCCGAGCCAGGAACGCGCAGCCGGCCGGGCGAGAGACGGCGGGGCUGGGGCCCUGCAGAUUGUAAAGUGGUCAGACUGUUGCUUGCCGUUAGCUUGCAGACCCGGGGAUCCUUACCAAUUAAUUGCCGAAGCAAGUGUGGACAACUUCAGCAAGCUAGGGGUGGCGUUCAUGGAAGAUAGACUCCAGAUGGAUAAUGGACUGGUACCUCAAAAGAUCGUUUCAGUGCACUUGCAGGACUCCACUCUGAAGGAACUUAAGGAUCAGGCUUCAAAUAAGCAAGCCCAAAUCCUGCAGCUGAAUCCUGAACCUUCCCUUGAGAAUAAGCCUGAGCGGGACAUUAUGGAGCACAUUGGCAAAGAGGAAGAACCCAAGCAGAGGAGGGGCAGUGCUGCUGGGGAGAGUGACAGGGGAGGGGGCUCCAUCGAGCAUUUUCACCUGCAUCUGUCUAGUUGCCAUGAGUGUUUGGAACUUGAGAACAGCACCAUCGAGUCAGUCAAGUUUGCAUCUGCAGAGAACAUUCCAGAUCUUCCCUAUGAUUACAGCAGCAGUUUGGAGAGUGCUGCUGAUGAGAUCUUCCCUGAAAAAGAAGAGAGGAGAAUCAACAUCACGGGGAAGGCCCCCAACAUCCUACUCUAUGUGGGCUCCGACUCCCAGGCAGCCCUUGGCCGUUUCCAGCAGGUCCGGUCUGCUCUGGGUGACUGUGUGGACACUGACAGUUACAUUCUCUACCACCUGCUGGAGGAAAGUGCUCUCAGAGACCCGUGGCUGGACAACUGUCUGUUGUUGGUCAUUGCCACCACGGAGUCAAUUUCCGAAGACCUGUACCAGAAGUUCAUGGCCUAUCUUGCUCAGGGAGGGAAGGUGUUGGGCCUGUCUUCGUCCUUUGUGUUUGGUGGCAUUCAGGUGACAAGCAAGGGCACACUGCAGAAGACAGUCCAGAGCUUGGUUUUCUCCAAGGCUAACCAGAGUGAGGUGAAGUUCAGUGUCCUGAGCAGUGGCUGCAUUUAUGAGGAGGGCCCUGGAGAGCGGCUCAGCCUGGGCAAGCUCCAGGGCCAUCUUGAGAAUGAGGACAAGGACAGGAUGAUUGUGCAGGUGCCUUUUGGAACACGUGGAGGAGAAGCUGUUCUUUGCCAGGUGCACUUAGAACUACCUCCCAGCUCUGUAAUGGUGCAAACUGAAGAAGAUUUUAAUUUGCUCAAAUCAAGCAAUAUUAGAAGAUAUGAAGUCCUUAAAGAGAUCCUGACAACUCUUGGCCUAAGCUGUGACAUAAAACAAGUUCCUGCCUUAACACCCCUUUACUUACUGCCUGCGGCCGAGGAAAUCUGGGAUCCUCUUACGCAGUGGCUUGGGAAACAUGUGGAUCCUGAAGGAGUAAUAAAAUCCAGCAAGCUCUCCCUUAAAUUUGUUUCAUCCUACACGUCUGAAAUAGAAAUAACCCCAUCUUCUAUACCUGUGGUUACUGACACAGAGGCCUUCUCAUCAGAAAAUUUUAACUUAGAGAUCUAUCGACAAAAUCUGCAGACCAAGCAACUUGGAAAAAUAAUUCUGUUUGCUGAGGUUACGCCCACCACGAUGAGUCUUCUGGAUGGGUUGAUGUUCGAGAUGCCGCAGGAAAUGGGUUUAAUAGCGAUCGCAGUCCGGCAAACCCAGGGCAAAGGGCGGGGCAGGAAUGCUUGGCUGAGCCCCGAAGGAUGUGCUCUUUCUACUCUGCUCGUCUCCAUCCCACUGAGGUCCCAGCUGGGACAGAGGAUUCCAUUUGUCCAGCAUCUGAUGUCCCUGGCUGUCGUGGAGGCAGUAAGGUCCAUUCCUGAGUAUGAGGAUAUCAACUUACGAGUGAAGUGGCCCAACGAUAUUUAUUACAGUGACCUCAUGAAGAUUGGUGGAGUUCUGGUUAACUCGACACUUAUGGGAGAAACGUUUUAUAUACUUAUUGGCUGUGGAUUCAAUGUGACCAACAGUAACCCUACCAUAUGCAUCAAUGACCUCAUUGCAGAAUACAACAAGCAGCACAAAGCAGAACUGAAGCCCUUGAGAGCAGAUUUUCUCAUUGCCAGAUCUGUGACUGUGCUAGAGAAACUGAUUGACACAUUUCAGGACCAAGGGCCCAACGGUGUUCUUCCCCUUUAUUAUAAAUAUUGGGUACACAGCGGUCAGCAAGUCCGUCUGGGAAGCACCGAGGGGCCAGUGGUGUCCAUAGUGGGCCUGGAUGAUUCUGGCUUCCUUCAGGUUCAUCAAGCAGGCAGCGAGGUUGAGACUGUGCAUCCGGAUGGCAACUCCUUCGACAUGCUGAGGAACCUCAUCCUCCCCAAGCAGCCGUAGUGCCAGGUGCCACUGCAGGCCUGACCUGGGGGCCUCACUCACGGGGCAGGGUGCCUGGGCAGUGGCAGGACACAGCUGAGAUGUGGGGGCCCGAGGCCAGCGGCCCGCUCCCUGUCCCCGCCCUUCCUCGCCCACCCGUGGGUCUCCAAAACUAAUUUAGAGUUGUAAGUGAAUUUUUCCUUCGCCCAAUUCGUGUUAACUCUUUAAUUUUUUUUCUAUUUUUCUGUUUUUGUAGGUUUGUUUUGUUGUUUUCAUUUUAUUUGGUGUUUAAGAUGCUGUGGAAUGAAGGGUGUGAAAUUCCUUCGCCCCUCAGACUUGCAUUUAUGUUUAUUGGGGGGGGGGAAGGUUUUACAUGGAAACAGCAAUGGGUUAUGUUUUUCCAAUGGUGGUGAUCUUUACCCCUAGACUAUUAAGAAACAAAUCAGAAAACGCUCUCCAGCCCAGUGGUGAGUUAGAGGUAUGGUAUCACUGUUUAUAAGCAUUUGGUAUCACUGUUUAUAAGCAUUCAGGGAGGGAUUCUUCUAUGAGAGUGUGCAUGGGCACUUGGUUGUUGUUUUAUUAUUUUGUCUAUGAGGAAAAGAGAAGGUAGACUCCCAAGAGUUACUCUCUGCCUAGUGGUGUGGUCUGGUAACACCGUCUAAAUACAUCUAGCUGGUAUGGUUGCAAUGACCUUGUAGAGGAAAUCAGUUAAUUAUUUUGACAUUAUUAUAUGAGCUCUCCUUUCCUAAGUCUAAACUUACUACAGAUCGUGAAGAGAUGGGAUCAAGUUCAAGAUCCUUAAAGCGUUGAUUAGGCAUCACGUGGACGUGGGUGGAUAAUUUGGCUUUCACAGCUGGAGAUGAAGACUCACUCGAUACCACAAGCCAGGGAGGAAUUGAAGUUUUUAAGCCAGUUUCGGGCUCACUUUGAAAGGUGGAGCAUUCCUGCAAGACCUUGCAGUGCAUAGAAUAUAGAAUACAUGCCAUUUUAUUUGUAAGUCAUAAUUUUUCGCUCCCUUUUUCCUUAUAUUGCCAUGAAAGAAAAUGUUAUUGAUACUGAAUACCAUUAGUUUGGAGGGAGAAUGUGUGUGUGUGCCUGCAUGCAUGUGUGUGCGUAUCUUUAAAAGAUGACGUUCAGACUCUGAUAUGCUGAAAGCCUCCCUGGAAGAACAAAAGAAAGGAAGCCUUUUGAUAUACAUUUGCUAUUUCCAGAUGUACUCCAUGCUUUUUCCAUGUAACUCCUAUCUCUGUUGAAGUCAUGAAUCAUUCCCAUUACUUUUCAGCCUUAAAAGGCCAAUUUUGGUCUACUUUUCUCUCCCAGCUGAAAUUGGUAGAAAGAAAACUUGGUUGGAGCUCUCAGCUUUGAACAGAAUCCCCUCAUUGUAAACUCCAUCUUUCAAGGUCUUACCCAGUCAGGCUAACUCCAGAAACUUGUGGUUUUCAGUAUAAAAUCUGUCUACCUUUAGCAAGGCACAGAUGGACCCAUAGGAAGAAAAAAAUAACAUGUUUAGUUAACUACACCAACUCAAUAUGUGUUUUUUGAAAAUGUAAGUCUAAAAGAGCUUCAAAAAUAAUUUUUGAAAAUAAGACUUAAAUUAAAAUUAUUUUUUUCCAAAAGAAAAAAAAAAUCACUCUUUCCUAAAUGCCCAAGACUUCUUUUGGAAUUAGUGACAAGUUUAAAUAAAAGUCCACAGCACCCCAAAAUUACAAAAUGGACUCACUCUUGAGAGGGGAUCUGCAAAAUAUCAUGAAGGACAAAGAUCUCCAGGCUAAUGUUGCAAGUUUCAUUUCUCAAACUUAGUAAUAUAAGGCAAGUCAUCUCUCAGAGCUGCCGUCAUUACUUUUUGAAUUUCUUUGGGGGGUUAUUUAAUGAAAAACAUGCUAUGUUUUGUUUUAAACUGAAGUCCUAUUCUGGAUAUUCUGCUUUGGGAAAAAAUGUUAUCAUUUAAUUUCCUUUCAGUAAAUUAAAACUAAUGAAGUGUGGCCAUGUCACAUGGAGAUGGAGAUGUUCCGGGUGUACCGGUUGGCCUUUGUGCUUUUUAACAGGCUGUUCUCACUUGUGCAGGACACCGGUUGUCUUGAGGGAGACAAAAUAGACUUGAAACAGAUGCUGUGUUUUUCAUAAGCCUGAUUUUGCCUCACAUGAACCAAAGAUUCUUGAAAUUCUGCUUCGUAUACAGCAGCUGAAUAAAGGCCUUUUCCUGAUAGCUGUCAGUGUUAGGGAAAGCUAUCUACCUGCUGCACCAUACCCUACGAUUUGGGGUGUUCACACACCCACAAUCUAUGAUCUCAAGGAGCUUUAAGGUCUUAACAGAAACUUUGCAGUUUCCUCAUAAUAUUUAAAAUGUGGCCACUAAACUCAGGAUUGGCAUGUGUGCUUUAGGACACUGGAUUAACCCCCGGUUUACAGGCUGUGCAUCGUAAAAGGAAAAGCAUCCUCCCUACCAGGCUAGGAGCAGAUUUCAGGGGGACUCUCAGGGAAGUGCCCCCUAAGAUAGGACACAGCAGUAACUGGGCUUCCGGGGGCCCAUGCUGGAGCAGUGCUCCUUAACGCUGGGAAUCCUGGCAAGGAGUGUUGAAGUAGGAGGAUUUGUGUCCAAUGUAAAACUGUCGGUGGGUUUCACAGCAGCGCACUGCUGUUGCCUGUGGUAACAAGUGCUGGGUGCACGGGCCCAGGUGGGUGAGUGCUUGCCGGGGCCGUCCGCCACGGCCGCAGCCUCUGGGGUUUCUGCACUCCUGACAUAGACAGCAUGGUCAACCCCUCACCCUCGAGUCUUGGAACAAGGAGAGAAGCUGCCUGACCCAACAGUUUCAGAAUGUGGAAUGGGCUUCCAUUCUCUUGACCUGUUUGCUCUCAACGGGCAGAAAAGGGAGAAUCCUCAUUCCUGGGCAAUUACUAUGCAUCUUUGAAAUAAAAGAAAGUAUAAACCUUUGCAUUUUAGCUUUUCAAACAGCUGUGUCUGAAAAGAAUCACUUUAAACCCAUGCCUAUAAAAAAGCAAGUCUACCAAAAUAAACUUUAAGACUUUCUAUCUGGUUUGGGCUCAUUCUUACUUUUACCACAAGUU